AAGUCUGUCCUGCAUUGAAUGGCCUACCAGCCUCUGGGCAACACUCUCCUGUUACCUCUUCCGCUAGGUUCCUCACUCUUGGCUCUACACUCUCCCGCUACACACUCAGCUCUACAGAGACUGCACGGAACCCCCAUUGUUUCCCUACCUACUCUAUUCCAGGCUCAAACCACCCAAGAUCCAGAGGGGACCAUGGGGAGACAUGAGAAGGCAUAGCUUGCAGUUUCUCUCAUACAUUGCUGCAGAAGACUUCUCCAUCGAGGCUCCAGACUGCACACAGCCUGCAUAUUGAUGUCCAAGGUCUCCAGCUGCCCCAGUCAACCAGUGUGAGCUUGAGAUCCUCCUGGUGACCUCUCCAGCCUAGGUCCCCUAGGCCAACUCUGCCCCAAGAUGGGCCGAGGGGCUGGACGAGAGUACUCGCCUGCCGCCACCACUGCGGAGAAUGGGGGUGGCAAAAAGAAACAAAAAGAGAAGGAGCUGGAUGAGCUGAAGAAGGAGGUGGACAUGGAUGACCACAAGCUGUCCUUGGAUGAGCUAGGACGCAAAUACCAAGUGGAUCUGUCCAAGGGCCUCACCAACCAGCGGGCUCAGGACAUUCUGGCUCGGGAUGGGCCCAAUGCCCUCACUCCACCUCCCACAACUCCGGAGUGGGUCAAGUUCUGUCGUCAGCUUUUUGGGGGCUUCUCCAUCCUGCUGUGGAUUGGGGCCAUCCUCUGCUUUCUAGCCUAUGGUAUCCAGGCUGCCAUGGAGGACGAACCAUCCAAUGACAAUCUCUAUCUGGGCGUGGUGCUUGCGGCCGUCGUUAUCGUCACAGGCUGCUUCUCCUACUACCAGGAAGCCAAGAGCUCCAAGAUCAUGGAUUCCUUCAAGAACAUGGUGCCUCAGCAAGCCCUGGUUGUCCGAGAGGGAGAGAAGAUGCAGAUCAAUGCAGAGGAGGUGGUGGUGGGAGACCUGGUGGAGGUGAAGGGUGGAGACCGGGUCCCUGCUGAUCUCCGGAUUAUCUCUUCUCAUGGUUGCAAGGUGGACAACUCUUCCUUAACAGGCGAGUCAGAGCCCCAGACUCGCUCCCCCGAGUUCACCCAUGAGAACCCCCUGGAGACCCGCAAUAUCUGUUUCUUCUCUACUAACUGUGUGGAAGGCACUGCCAGGGGCAUUGUGAUUGCCACCGGUGACCGGACAGUGAUGGGCCGCAUAGCCACCCUGGCUUCAGGCUUAGAGGUUGGACAGACACCCAUAGCUAUGGAGAUUGAGCACUUCAUCCAGCUGAUCACAGGGGUAGCUGUGUUCUUGGGCGUCUCCUUCUUUGUGCUCUCUCUCAUCCUGGGCUACAGUUGGUUGGAGGCUGUGAUCUUCCUCAUCGGCAUCAUCGUGGCCAAUGUGCCUGAAGGGCUUCUUGCAACUGUCACUGUGUGCCUGACUCUGACAGCCAAGCGUAUGGCACGGAAGAACUGCCUGGUGAAGAAUCUGGAGGCUGUAGAGACCCUGGGCUCCACAUCUACCAUCUGCUCAGACAAGACAGGCACCCUCACCCAGAACCGCAUGACAGUGGCCCACAUGUGGUUUGACAACCAGAUCCAUGAGGCUGAUACAACCGAAGACCAAUCUGGGGCCACUUUUGACAAACGAUCCCCUACAUGGACAGCCCUGUCUCGGAUUGCUGGUCUCUGCAACCGUGCCGUGUUCAAGGCUGGGCAGGAGAAUAUCUCUGUGUCAAAGCGGGACACGGCUGGCGAUGCCUCCGAGUCGGCUCUGCUCAAGUGCAUUGAGCUGUCCUGUGGCUCGGUGAGGAAGAUGAGGGACAGGAACCCCAAGGUGGCAGAGAUUCCCUUCAACUCUACCAACAAGUACCAGUUGUCUAUCCAUGAGCGUGAAGACAGCCCCCAGAGCCACGUGCUGGUGAUGAAAGGGGCCCCAGAACGCAUCCUGGACCGGUGCUCCACCAUUCUGGUGCAGGGCAAGGAGAUUCCUCUUGACAAGGAGAUGCAAGAUGCCUUUCAGAACGCCUACAUGGAGCUGGGAGGACUAGGGGAGCGUGUUCUGGGGUUCUGUCAACUCAACCUGCCCUCUGGGAAGUUCCCCCGGGGCUUCAAGUUUGACACCGAUGAGCUCAACUUUCCCACGGAGAAGCUGUGUUUUGUGGGGCUCAUGUCGAUGAUCGACCCACCCCGCGCAGCGGUGCCAGAUGCUGUAGGCAAGUGCCGGAGUGCAGGCAUCAAGGUGAUCAUGGUGACUGGGGAUCACCCUAUCACAGCCAAAGCCAUUGCCAAAGGUGUGGGCAUCAUAUCAGAGGGUAAUGAGACGGUGGAGGACAUUGCAGCCCGGCUCAACAUUCCUGUGAGUCAAGUCAACCCCAGAGAAGCUAAGGCAUGUGUGGUGCAUGGCUCAGACCUGAAGGACAUGACGUCUGAGCAGCUGGACGAGAUCCUCAGGGACCACACGGAGAUAGUGUUUGCCCGCACCUCUCCCCAGCAGAAGCUCAUCAUCGUGGAAGGGUGUCAGAGGCAGGGAGCCAUCGUGGCCGUGACAGGCGAUGGGGUGAACGACUCCCCUGCCCUGAAGAAGGCUGACAUUGGCAUCGCCAUGGGCAUCUCUGGCUCUGAUGUCUCUAAGCAGGCGGCUGACAUGAUCCUGCUGGAUGACAACUUUGCCUCCAUCGUCACAGGAGUGGAGGAGGGGCGCCUCAUCUUUGACAACCUGAAGAAGUCCAUCGCGUACACCCUAACCAGCAACAUCCCUGAGAUCACCCCCUUCCUGCUGUUCAUCAUCGCCAACAUCCCCCUCCCUCUGGGCACUGUGACCAUUCUCUGCAUCGACCUGGGCACUGACAUGGUGCCUGCCAUCUCCUUGGCCUACGAAGCAGCUGAGAGUGACAUCAUGAAGCGGCAGCCACGAAACUCCCAGACUGAUAAGCUGGUGAAUGAGAGACUUAUCAGCAUGGCUUAUGGACAGAUCGGGAUGAUCCAGGCACUGGGUGGCUUCUUCACCUACUUUGUGAUUCUGGCAGAGAACGGCUUCCUGCCAUCACGGCUUCUGGGAAUCCGCCUGGACUGGGAUGAUCGGACCACGAAUGACCUGGAGGACAGCUAUGGACAGGAGUGGACCUACGAGCAGCGGAAGGUGGUGGAGUUCACGUGCCACACGGCUUUCUUUGCCAGCAUUGUGGUGGUGCAGUGGGCUGACCUCAUCAUCUGCAAGACUCGCCGCAACUCUGUCUUCCAGCAGGGCAUGAAGAACAAGAUCCUGAUUUUUGGACUCCUGGAGGAGACAGCAUUGGCUGCCUUUCUGUCUUACUGCCCGGGCAUGGGAGUUGCCCUCCGCAUGUACCCACUCAAGGUCACUUGGUGGUUCUGUGCCUUCCCCUACAGUCUCCUCAUCUUCAUCUAUGAUGAGGUCCGGAAGCUCAUCCUGCGGCGAUAUCCUGGGGGCUGGGUGGAAAAGGAGACAUAUUACUGAGUCCUCUGGAAGAAGAAUCAAGAUGAGAUGCUCUGGAGAUGUUGCAGGGAUGGUGGUGGGGCAGGGGGAAAAAACUGGUAUUAUUAAAGGAGGGAGAGACAA